AUGGAUGACUUGUUUGAUGUGUUUGACGAAGCGCCGCAGACAGUUCCACCAAAGAUAGAAGAAAGUGAGGAAGCACACCAGAACGGAACCAGCAAGAAAAGAACUCGUGAAGAUCAAGUAAGCGAUGAGCAAGACCAUCCAUCGCCAUCACCAUCACCAUCACCAUCAUCCGAAGCUAAAGCAAACGGAAAGAAAGCAAAGCAUCAAGACAAAAUCAAACCCGUGGUCUUUGACUCGGUGGAAAUAGAAGCGUCGAGGGAAGUUGACGCGGCGGGGGGUUUCCAGCAAACUACAGACGAUGCAAACACCAAGUUGAAGUUGAGACACCAGGUCAGGCAUCAAGUUGCCGUGCCGCCAGGAUACCCCUAUGUACCGAUCAGUGAACACAAACGCCAAAACGAAGCAAGAACGUAUCCAUUCACGUUGGACCCUUUCCAAGAUACCGCUAUUUCGUGCAUCGAUCGAAGUGAAAGUGUUUUGGUUUCAGCUCACACAUCAGCAGGCAAAACUGUUGUUGCAGAAUAUGCAAUUGCACAGUCACUUCGAGAAAAGCAACGAGUGAUAUACACCUCCCCAAUAAAGGCGUUGUCGAACCAAAAAUAUCGAGAGUUGCAAGCUGAUUUCGGCGAUGUGGGGCUAAUGACGGGUGACGUGACCAUUAACCCAGAUGCCGGUUGCUUGGUGAUGACCACCGAGAUUUUGCGAAGUAUGCUCUACCGAGGCUCCGAGGUGAUGCGAGAAGUUGCCUGGGUGAUAUUCGAUGAAGUCCACUACAUGAGGGAUAAAUCAAGAGGUGUCGUUUGGGAGGAAACCAUGAUCUUGUUGCCUGAUAAAGUCCACUAUGUCUUUUUGUCAGCUACGAUACCGAACGCCAUGGAGUUUGCAGAGUGGAUAGUCAAGAUCCACAACCAGCCGUGCCAUGUUGUUUACACUGAUUUCAGACCGACCCCUUUGCAGCAUUAUUUGUUCCCCGCUGGUGGCGAUGGUAUUCAUUUGGUUGUCGAUGAAAAGGGUACUUUUAGAGAAGAAAACUUCCAAAAGGCCAUGACCACCAUUGGUGAUAACCAGGGAGACGAUCCAGCUGCUGCCCCUGGAAAUGACAGGGGAAAGGGGGGCGGCCAAGCACGAGCAGGUAAGAAAGGGCAAAGUUUCAAAGGCGGAAACAAGGAUGGCAAAACCGAUAUUUACAAAAUCGUCAAGAUGAUCUACCAAAAGAAAUUCAACCCCGUGAUUGUCUUUUCCUUUUCCAAAAGAGAUUGCGAGGCGUUGGCAUUGAAGAUGUCGAAAUUGGACUUCAAUAGCGAUGAAGAACGAGCAGCAUUGACCAAGAUUUAUGAAAAUGCCAUCAGCUUGCUCCCAGAGAACGACAAGGAGUUGCCCCAGAUUAAAAAUAUACUACCCUUGUUGAAAAGAGGCAUCGGGAUCCACCACUCGGGGUUGUUGCCGAUCUUGAAGGAGAUUAUCGAGAUUUUGUUCCAGGAAGGGUUUUUAAAAGUGCUUUUUGCCACGGAAACUUUUUCCAUUGGUCUCAAUAUGCCCGCCAAGACUGUUGUUUUCACCUCUGUUCGUAAGUGGGACGGUGUCGGGUUCAGGUGGGUCUCGGGAGGAGAAUAUAUUCAAAUGUCCGGGCGUGCAGGUAGAAGAGGCUUGGAUGACAGAGGCAUCGUCAUUAUGAUGAUUGAUGAAAAAAUGGAGCCCCAAGUGGCCAAGGGUAUGGUUAAAGGUCAAGCAGACAGGCUAGACUCGGCGUUCCACUUGGGUUACAAUAUGAUUCUCAACUUGAUGCGAGUCGAAGGCAUCUCGCCCGAGUAUAUGUUGGAGAGUUCCUUUUACCAGUUCCAAAACGCAGCUAGCGUACCUGAGUUGGAAAGAAAACAAAAUGUGUUGAAAGCAGAGAUUGAAGAUGUCCAUAUUGACGAUGAGGCGACUGUUAAGGACUACUACGACCUUCUGCAGCAGCUAGACAAGUACAAUGCUGAUUUGAGAAAAGUCAUCACUCACCCGGGGCAUAUCCUCCCUUUUAUCCAGGACGGUAGAGUAGUAAAGAUCAAAAUUGGACAAGACGAUUAUGGGUGGGGGAUGGUUACCAACUUUGCCAAGAGACAACCGGGAAGAUUCCAAAAACAAGAAUUCACAGCGCACGAGUCGUAUGUGGUGAAUGUGUUUGUUUGCACCAUGUUUGUUGACUCUCCAGUUAACCUCAUCAAACCUUUCAAUCCUGUUCUCCCAUCGGGUAUCAGACCAGCAGGUCCCGGGGAAAAGGCAAGAGCCGAGUUUAUUCCAAUAACUUUGGACUCGAUUGAAAAAAUCAGUAGUGUGCGGUUAAAAGUCCCCGACGAUUACAAGAGUGCCCAGGCAAAGAGAACAUUGGUGAAAACAAUGAAGGACCUCCCCAAGAGGCUCAAAGAUGGGAUCCCCUUGAUGGACCCCGUUGCCAGCAUGAAAAUCGAUGAUGACGAUUUCAAGACCUUGUUGAGAAAGAUUGACGUGAUUGAGUCGAAACUAUCGAGCAACCCCUUGCACGACACGGCUAGGUUACCGGACUUGUACAAGAAGUACUCGCACAAGGCCGAGAUUGAAAAAAGAUUGAAGGAUUUGCUGGCGAAAAUUCUAGAAGCCGAGGCCGUGAUACAGCUCGAUGAUCUCCGGCAUAGAAAAAGAGUGUUGCGUAGAUUGGGGUUCACGACUCAAAAUGACAUUAUUGAGUUGAAGGGAAGAGUAGCGUGUGAAAUCAGCACGGGAGAUGAGCUUCUCUUGACCGAGCUCAUCUUUAAUGGUAACUUCAACGACCUAUCAAGCGAGCAAGCAGCGGCUUUGCUUUCGUGUUUUGUUUUCCAAGAACGAGCCAAAGAAUCGCCUCGCUUGAAACCAGAAUUGGCCGAGCCUUUAAAAUCAAUGCAAGAAAUGGCAUCCAAGAUUGCCAAAGUAUCGCGAGAAUGCAAGAUUGAUAUCCUCGAGAAGGACUAUGUUGAGUCGUUUAGACCCGAGCUCAUGGAAGUGGUCUUUGCGUGGUGCAAGGGUGCUACAUUUACGCAAAUCUGCAAGAUGACUGACGUUUACGAAGGUUCUUUGAUUCGAAUGUUUAGAAGGUUAGAAGAGUUGAUCCGCCAGUUAGCCCAGGCCGCCAAGGCUAUAGGAAAUAAUCAACUCCAAGAGAAGAUGGAAAGGCUGUUGGAGUUGGUCCAUAGAGACAUAGUUUCUGCUGGAUCCUUGUACUUGUAA